AUUUCAUCACAAUAUAAAAUGGGCAAAUCCAUCACUUGCCUCUGCUUGGUGCUCUUGAAUUGAUAUUGAAGGGAAAAUUAGAAGCUGUUCAUUUGGGCUUGUGGGCUCAGCAGCGUAACAGCUUCAUUUUAUGCUCUACUGUGUCCUAUUGAAAGGGGCCAACAAGUGCUGGCAAUACAAGUGACUAUUUUGUCUUAAAACCCUGUUUCUGGAACAUCAAAGAUGGAUUAUCCCAAAAUGGAUUAUUUUCUGGAUGUCGAGUCUGCUCAUAGACUCUUGGAUGUUGAGUCGGCUCAAAGAUUCUUCUACAGCCAAGGAGCUCAAGCUCGCCGGGCGACCCUGCUCCUGCCUCCCACAUUAAUGGCGGCAUCUUCGGAGGACGAUAUAGACCGGCGGCCCAUCAGAAGAGUCCGCUCCAAGAGCGACACGCCGUACCUCGCGGAGGCCAGGAUCUCCUUUAACCUGGGGGCAGCUGAGGAAGUGGAGAGGCUGGCGGCGAUGCGUUCUGACUCCCUCGUCCCAGGUACCCACACCCCACCCAUCCGGAGGAGAAGUAAGUUUGCCAACCUGGGAAGGAUUUUCAAGCCUUGGAAAUGGAGGAAGAAGAAAAGUGAAAAGUUCAAACACACGUCUGCAGCCCUGGAAAGGAAAAUAUCAAUGAGGCAAAGCAGAGAGGAGCUGAUAAAACGAGGGGUCUUGAAGGAAAUCUAUGAUAAAGACGGGGAGCUCUCCAUAUCGAAUGAAGAUGACUCCCUGGAGAACGGGCAGUCCCUGAGCUCCAGCCAGCUGUCUCUGCCCGCCCUGUCUGAGAUGGAGCCAGUCCCCAUGCCCAGGGAUCCCUGCUCAUACGAGGUGCUCCAACCUUCCGACAUCAUGGAUGGGACAGAUCCUGGCGCCCCCGUGAAAUUGCCUUGUCUGCCGGUGAAGCUGUCGCCUCCGCUACCUCCAAAGAAAGUCAUGAUCUGUAUGCCUGUGGGGGGGCCAGACCUCUCCCUGGCGUCCUACGCAGCCCAGAAGAGUGGCCAGCAGGGCGGGGCCCAGCACCACCACACCGUCCUGCCCUCCCAGAUCCAGCACCAGCUGCAGUACGGCAGCCUCGGCCAGCACCUCCCCACCACCACGGGCUCCCUCCCCAUGCACCCCUCGGGCUGCAGGAUGAUCGAUGAGCUGAACAAGACAUUGGCCAUGACCAUGCAGAGGCUGGAGAGCUCUGAGCAGCGGGUCCCGUGUUCUGCUUCUUACCACAGCUCUGGUUUGCACUCGGGUGACAGUGUCACAAAAGCAGGACCUCUGGGCCUUCCGGAAAUAAGACAAGUGCCAACUGUUGUGAUCGAAUGUGAUGACAAUAAAGAAAACGUGCCUCACGAAUCAGACUACGAAGACUCCCCUUGCCUGUACACAAGAGGAGAGGAGGAUGAGGAGGAAGAGGACGAGGAUGACGACAGCUCAUUGUAUACCAGCUCCCUGGCCAUGAAGGUGUGCAGGAAGGACUCCUUAGCCAUCAAACUCAGCAACAGGCCCUCCAAGCGAGAGCUGGAAGAAAAGAACAUCCUUCCGAGGCAGACAGAUGAGGAGCGGCUGGAGCUGAGGCAGCAGAUCGGCACCAAGCUCACCAGGCGACUGAGCCAGAGGCCGACUGCAGAGGAGUUGGAGCAGAGGAACAUUUUGAAACCUCGGAAUGAACAAGAGGAACAAGAGGAGAAAAGAGAGAUCAAGAGGAGGUUAACUCGAAAGCUCAGCCAGCGGCCCACAGUGGAGGAGCUCCGGGAGCGGAAGAUCCUCAUCCGCUUCAGCGACUACGUGGAGGUGGCCGACGCUCAGGACUACGACCGCAGGGCCGACAAGCCCUGGACCCGCCUCACCGCCGCUGACAAAGCUGCCAUUCGGAAGGAGCUCAACGAGUUUAAAAGCACUGAAAUGGAAGUUCAUGAAUUGAGUAGACAUUUAACAAGGUUUCACCGACCUUAACAGUUGAAUUCCUCUUGAGUGCUAUGCUGUCUUCAAAACAUAAAUUUAUAAGAACCAUAAGUGCUGGUAUUUAUUCACUUCCCCAUUACGAUGUAAAUCUUCUGAACUGCCUUUUUUUAAAAGAGGAAAAAGCAAAGGAAACACAAUCAGGAUUCUGUCUGCAAGAGCGCAAUGGUUACAGCUCCGUGGUCAGAGCUGCUGGCGCUGCCAGGGCUGAGGGCCCCGAAGACUUCCCAGCACUCGGAGCAGCCCAGGGCCUCUCUGGCCAGGCUGGCAGGUACCAUGUUCGGUUAGGCUCCAGCGAGCCUCUGCCACCAAAGUGUCGCCUGAGUCCAGAGAAAGCUGAGGCGGAGGACCUGGCCUGCGAUGACUGUGCAAAGCAGGCGAUGCAGUCGGCCUUCUAGGCUUGGCCAGAUGCACUGGCUCCAGCGGUGGCACCUGGUUUGGGGGCCCCUGAGGAGGAGGCUGCUGAGGUGGGAGACACUGUCCUCCUCCCCCUUCAGCCACCACCCAUGCCGUGAACUAAGGGGAGAGCCCUUUCCUGGGGGAGCCUGUGGUCGACUGUCCAUCCUAAGAGUGUGUGUGCUCCAGGCGUGGAACGCUGGCACGAGCGCACGUCCUGUCCCCUCAGGCUGAGCCGGGCUGCCUUCCAGGAAGCUCUGGCUUAGAAGGGGAAUAAUGUCAUUAGAAAAGCCAGGUGUCACGGGCGAUCUUACGCGCACCAGCAGCCCUUGCCACCAUGGUGGUAUCAUGCGUGUGAGCGUGAGGGCCCUACUGAGGGCGUAAAGGCGGGGGUGACACACUGCUUGGCCGAUGUUCUUCACUUUCUCUGUGUGCCCAGCCAGGGCUAGCGACUGGGUGGCUUGGCGGUUAGUGGCCUCUGAGUCGAGGACCAAUGCAUGCAGGCCAGAAACCAUGCCUGAAAGCCUGGCUUUCCAGCUGCUGGUGGACUGGUCCUCCAGAACCACCUGAGGGCCUUCCAGGCUUGCUUUGCACUGAAGAGUCAGUGCAGAAGCCCCAGGGUUGGGCAGACAUCAGCCACACCUGCUGUGCUGUACUUUCCACUCCUGCUUCUCCAGGGAGCAUCCUUCCCCUCCCUCCUGAGGCGUGUGAGGGUGACUGGAGACGUAUCUCUGACCGUCCUCCUCACUUGGGACCACAGGAAAGCAGUGUUGAUGUGAGGUAGGAUGUGCAGUGGAGGAGGGGUCGCUCCAAACCCUCGCCUCUCUGAAGGAGGCUGCCUGAGCUGCUUCCGUUUUCCUUCCUGACAGAGCUUGUAGGGCCCUCAGCCAUGACGCUCUGCCUGGCCUUCUGCUAUGAUCUUGAAGCUCCCACCACACAGGCCCAGGAUUUAGAAGGAUGCCAGCUUGGCCUCCACAAAAACAGAGUUAACUGGUCCCCACCCCAAGCCCUGUGAGAUCAAGUUCCUCUGGGCUGCACCGCCAUCGGAGAGGCCAGUCCCUUUUCCACUGGCGCUCAUGGCCCCCGUGGCUGGCGUCACCGUGCAUUUGGCAGGGAGCUUGGGCAGUGUUUCAGGCAGUGCCUGUCGGCCAGUGCCAAGCUGACGCACGCUUUCCUCGCACCGCCUGGCGCCCAGACCCAGGAGAAUGCAUCACACCAUCCUUUUUUCUUUGAAUGUUGAAUCUGAAUAGUUACCGCCGUAGGUGGAGGUAUUGUUCAGGGAAAACGUGGCCAGGAUCUUAGCAGGGCUGCAACAGUGUCUUCCCAAAAGGCUUACUGACCUUUGAGUGUGCAGAUGGCACACUGAAGGACGUGGGGCUCUUCCGUGUCACAACUCUGCGGCGGGCACAUGUUCUAGGCCAAGGUGCCUGCUUGGCCAGUAUUUGAAGUCUGGGCUUCCUGUGGCUCGCAGUGCCCUGGCGCAAUGGUCAGCCUUCCCCUGGCCCAGGGGCGAGUCCUAAAGGACCUCACUCCGCUGCCUGGACGCCUUGCAGAAGCCAGUAGCUUCUCUGCUGGCCUUGAUUCUGGGGCUUUCAGAUUCCCUGGGAACAUGAUGCCUAAAUCGAGUUCCCUGCAGCCAGCCCGCCAGCCAGCGGUCCCAGGUUCCCGCCCAAAGUGCCCUAUUGUUGCCGCCACUUUGUGCGUGGAAGAAACUGAAUGCAGUUUCUACUUCUCCUCCUGCAGAGCAGCCUUUGCCGGAAGUAAUUCCCUGCAAGUGGAGGGGUACCCCUCCCGUGUCACCACCCGCGAGCUUGGCUCUUCCAAGCCCAUUGUAAGCAGCUCAGCAACCUCUGUAGGUCACAGGGUGGGCCCUCUGCUGUCUUUCCUUCCUGGAAAUCUUGAGAUUUUUAGAGAAAUCCACCCAAAUUUCCUUUUUGCCACAUUGUUAUGACAGUUGAAAAAUGUGUUUCUUUCCAAGAUGACAGUUCAUUUUUAGGGGGGAAGAAAGAUGGGCUGGCUGGUUUACAGUGUGUCCCUUUUCUGAAUAAGCUUUAGUUUGAGCCUUUUGUCCUUUGCAUUAGCAUCAGAAAACAUGAGAUUUCUCAAAAUGUUUCCCUCUCAAAAUCAGACACUAUCCCAAAGUCCCCACCCCAUCUGUGACAGAAGAGACCACCAUCGGCCUACUUACCAUUUUG